GACUCGCUCGUCGCCCGCAAACACGAGCGAGUGAUUAGGUGUUUGACAGCUCAGGCGUGCAGACCUCAGCUGUGACUCUAUGUAUGUAUGUAUAUUGCUUUCCGGCCGUUUCCAGGGUCCUCUCAGUAUGUUGGUACCAUCGUCGUGGGACUACUAAGGGUUCAUCAAUUCAAUAAAGUGGAGAUGUUUGCAGUAUGUACAGAAAACCAAUCAGAACCUGUGCUGGAGAGUUUCAAGGAGACAGAAAUUUCUUUAUUUAAGCAGUUCAAUUUAAGUUUUAGAGUUCUUGACAUGCCUCCUACGGAGUUGGGUGCUUCAGCAUUCCAAAAAUAUGAUAUUGAGGCUUGGUUGCCAGGCAGACAAAUGUGGGGUGAAAUCUCAAGCUGUAGCAACUGCACUGACUAUCAAGCAAAACGUCUCAAUAUUAGAUAUCGAACGAUAAAUGGAGAGCUAAAGUACGCACACACAGUUAAUGGGACUGCAGCUGCUAUACCCCGGUUGCUUAUAGCCGUAAUUGAGUCUAACAAGAUUAAAAAUGGAUCCAUUUUUCUGCCUAAAGAGCUGAAGAAUUCUUUCAAAGCUGAUGUAUUACAACGAAACAAAGCGGUUCCAGCAAUAAAACUUAUCAAGCAUUUCUGAGUAUAGGUUUUAUUAAAAUCUAAUAAAGUGCAAAGUACGAAAGUAUGAGGGUUAAAAA